UCGAAUGGGGGUAACCAGACGGACGAUAUGAAUGCGCAUGCAAUCAAUUAAUAUUCUGUCAAGAUUCCGAUGAGGAUGAUCCCCAGAGCUUGUGCCCGAUAACCUACUGGUCGGACAACAUUAAUAGAUGUUUCAACUUCAUAUGUCCGCAGCGAUCGUGAGUGGCGAUCGUCUGCUCGAUGGUUCUGCAGCCUUGCGCUUGAAAUCGGCAAUUCGAGGUCCUUCUGCCACCGGAAGUCGGUGGCAUAUUGGGCGUCCGUUAAUUUGAUUGGCGCAAGACGAGGUGAAAGCGAUGCACCCGUUCGUUGAUGCUCCCAUUGGUUUAAUGGGAGCUCAGAAUCUCCAGUUUCUGCGCUACGUCACGUAUUGCUAGGAUCGUUCCGAUCCAGUGAUUAUCUGGCUGGAAGACCUUCUGUAGCUUAUUCGAUGGUCGUCCGUUGUUAGAUAAUCUGGCGAUGCUGACGUGAAUGACACAUCGCGACUGUGAGCUGCGAUAGUCUCGCAUAGCUGUCACGCGCCGUGGAUUGGCAAUUGACAACAAUGACUGUGUCCAAACGGUUUACGCACUGCUUGGAGACAACGGCCUCUCUCAGGGGUUAAAUUGCAGAUCGAGGGACAGCAAGUGAGCUUCUCGUACUGAGUACAACUUCUUGCCUAUCAUAAUUUGGUAACAUGCAGGGACCUGUUGACUACCCCGUUCCUCCACCUGUAGAAGGAGUAGGAGGUGGAGGGACUGGAUAUGGAUGGAGCGAGAUCGGUACAAGGAGUUUAAACACUACAGCAGGCGUCAUUGACGUCAACAAGCAUCCUACAUCUGAUCUGCUUCAUGUGUGGUCCAUGCCAAGUACAGCAACGAUAGGCCAUCAGGAACAUCCUCGGCCUCUGGAACAAAUCAACCUGCUGGCAGCAAGAAACGAGAAAGAGAGCGCACAAAUUGCUCUUCGACCGAAAAUGUCGUGGUCAAGCGGCGGUUUUAUUGGCCAUGUUCAAAUUAAGUGCACAGAUUUAUGCAGCAAUUCUGGAAGCAAGCUGGAAACAGGUAAAGCCAUCACCUUGCGACGUGUGGUGCCAAUACUGGGUGUGCCGGAUGCUCUUGUUCCUCUAGAGCUACCAUCAGCACAGAUAGGGUUGCUACCAGGAGAGACCUUGGGACUUUGGCUCUCUAUAGAAGUCCCUGCAACACAACCACCUGGAUAUUAUGAGGGAGAAAUAAGCUUUCUAGCCAUAAGAGCCGAAUCAGAGAUUGAAGGUGCUGACUUUUACGAGGGUGACAAACUAGAAAUUAAGAAGGAGAUUCAAGAGAUCAUCACCAGGGCCAAGGCCAGAGGAAACAAUCCCCAAGAAGGGAUGCAGGCUAUUACUGAAGAGCUCCGGCAUCUAAUGCAGUCGACCCUGCUCACUGCCAACAGGGGAGAGCAAGGAAAGAUGGACAUUGAUGAGGAAUAUAAUACAACCCUUGCUGUGCGGUUGAAGUUUAGCUUGACAGUAUGGGAUUAUGUUAUUCCAGUCACUCCAACGCUUCCGGCCGUUUUUGGGAUAUCGGAGACAGUCAUUGAGGACCGGUUUGGGUUGGAGCAUGGAAGCAUUGACUGGUACAAAUCAUUAGACAUGCAUUUUCAAUGGUUGCUGCACUAUAGAUUGAGCCCCUACUUCUGCAGAUGGGGAGACAAUAUGCGCGUCCUGGCAUACACAUGUCCUUGGCCUGCGGACCACCCGAAAGCAGAAGAGUAUUACUCUGAUCCGAGACUAACUGCUUAUGCAGUUCCUUAUCUUCCAGUACUUAAUAGCUCGGAUGCUGCGAAAGAAAGCCUAAAGCGAGAGCUGGAGAUCUUGAGAACUAAAGAUCACUGGAAGAAAGCGUAUAUUUAUCUGUGGGAUGAGCCGCUUAGCCUGGAGCAGUAUGGUCAUAUACAUAGAAUGGCGGAAGAAAUUAGGUCAACAGCUCCAGAUGCGCGAGUUCUGACGACGUACUAUUGCGGACCGAAUGAUGCAUCAGUGGUUCCAGGAAGUUUUGAGGCUUUUGUGAAAGUCCCGACAUAUUUGCGACCACAUACUCAAAUUUUCUGUACCAGUGAAUGGGUGCUUGGAGGCCGGGAAGAGCUGGUCCAAAGCAUUGUGGCGGAAUUGCAGCCCGAAAAUAAGGAGGAGUGGUGGACGUACGUUUGUAUGGGACCUUCGGAUCCUCAUCCAAAUUGGCAUCUGGGAAUGAGAGGUACUCAACAUCGUGCAGUAUUGUGGCGUGUGUGGAAAGAAGGUGGUACGGGAUUCCUAUAUUGGGGUGCGAACUGUUACGAAAAAGCCCUAACACCAUCAACCGAGAUCCGUUUCCGGCGGGGACUACCGCCUGGUGAUGGUGUUCUCUAUUAUCCUGGCGAGGUUUUCACUCCCGGCUCCACCGUGCCAGUUGCGUCUGUCCGCCUGGAGCGACUUUUGAGCGGAAUGCAGGACUUCGAAUAUUUGCAGCUUUAUUCUUCGAUAUUUGGUAGAUUAGCGGGGUUAGCACUUCUGGAGAAGACGGGAAUGUAUUAUGGUCCUGAGCGCUACACACAUGAGCACGCAACAGUGGAGUCCAUGAGAAGUGAGGUUUUUCGAGCGUGCCGGGCACCGCUUUAGCCUUUUAAGUGAGAGACCCAAUCGCAAGUUUUGUAAACUACUAGGACAGAAAUUAGUGUGGCAGGUUUUAAUAUCGUCGUAGUACCUACAGUAAAAGACUUUAUCUCGUGAGUAGCUGGUGUUAAUCAACUUCGAGGGGAAACCCGAAUCUCUUUUACUUCAGAUUUGUAGGUCAUCGCAAGUAGUGAACUCUAUAUGCUGUGAACAUUUAAGGUGUUUGAAAGUUGAGGAAUUUACAGUGAGGAUCAAUUA